AGCCGGGGGGAGGAGAAUGGAGUAGCAGAGCAAUAGAGAGGGGAGAAAAUAUUAGUGAGGGGAGAGCUAGCAGUGACUUUCUUAAAGGAAACUCCAGGAGGGGGAAAUAAGGAGGAAUAAUGCACUAGAGGAAGGAGGCUGAUAGUCGUUACAGAGAACCAGCAGCACCUAUAGCAAUUGACAUCCUGCUGCAGUGCCGCUACCUUCGCUGAUUGAUACUGUCAAUGGAGCUGGAAAAUAUUGUUGCCAAUACUGUCUUGCUGAAAGCCAGGGAAGGGGGUGGAGGAAAGCGCAAAGGCAAAAGCAAAAAGUGGAAGGAAAUCUUGAAAUUCCCUCACAUUAGCCUGUGUGAAGAUCUCCGAAGAACAAUAGAGAGAGAUUAUUACAGUUUAUGCGACAAGCAGCCAAUUGGAAGGCUUCUCUUUCGGCAGUUCUGUGAAACUCGACCGGAGCUUGAGUGUUGCAUUAGGUUCCUUGACUCGGUGGCAGAGUAUGAAAUUGCUCCAGAUGAAAAACUGGGAGAGAAAGGAAAGGAAAUCAUGAUGAAAUACCUCACCCCAGAGUCCCCAGUUUAUGUUGCAGAAGUCAGUGAAGAUCUUGUCCAGCAGACUGAGGAAAAACUCGAAAUCAGCCCCUGCAAAGAGCUGUUUUCUCACUGUGCAAAAUCUGUCCUUGACUACCUAAGUGGAGAGCCAUUUCAAGAAUACCUAAACAGCAUGUACUUUGAUAGGUUUCUGCAGUGGAAGUGGUUGGAAAGGCAACCAGUAACGAAAAACACAUUUAGGCAGUACAGGGUACUAGGAAAAGGUGGUUUUGGGGAGGUCUGUGCUUGCCAAGUCCGAGCAACAGGGAAAAUGUAUGCCUGCAAAAGAUUAGAGAAGAAGAGAAUAAAAAAGAGGAAAGGCGAAUCCAUGGCAUUAAAUGAAAAGCAGAUUUUAGAAAAAGUCAAUAGUCAAUUUGUAGUUAACUUAGCCUAUGCCUAUGAAACAAAGGAUGCACUGUGUUUAGUUCUGACUAUAAUGAAUGGGGGUGACUUGAAGUUCCACAUCUACAACAUGGGAAACCCAGGCUUUGAGGAGGAGAGAGCUUUGUUCUAUGCAGCAGAGAUUCUUUGUGGCUUGGAAGAUCUGCAUAGAGAAAACACAGUAUACAGAGAUUUGAAGCCAGAAAAUAUCCUGUUAGAUGAUUAUGGCCAUAUUAGAAUAUCUGAUCUGGGUCUAGCUGUUAAAAUCCCGGAGGGUGACUCAAUUCGUGGAAGAGUAGGAACAGUAGGGUAUAUGGCUCCAGAAGUCUUGAACAAUCAGAGAUACACCCUCAGCCCUGACUACUGGGGGUUAGGUUGCCUCAUUUAUGAAAUGAUUGCUGGACAAUCACCAUUUCGUGGCAGGAAAGAGAAGGUAAAGAGAGAAGAGGUGGACAGGAGAGUCCUGGAGACAGAAGAGGUGUACUCCCAUAAAUUUUCUGAGGAGGCCACGUCUGUCUGUAAAAUGCUACUAACCAAAGACGUGAAGCAGAGGCUCGGCUGUCAGGGGGAAGGUGCAGUGGAAGUGAAGAAGCACCCAUUCUUCAAGAGCAUGAACUUCAAACGAUUAGAGGCAGGAAUGUUGGACCCCCCUUUUGUCCCUGAUCCCAGAGCAGUGUACUGCAAGGAUGUGUUGGACAUCGAGCAAUUCUCCACAGUGAAAGGGGUUAAUCUGGACCAAACAGAUGAUGAUUUCUAUUCCAAGUUUUCCACAGGAUCCGUAUCUAUUCCAUGGCAGAAUGAGAUGAUAGAAACAGAGUGUUUUAAAGAGCUAAAUGUGUUUGGACCAAAUGGUACUAUUUCACCGGACCUAAACAAAAGCUACCCCCCAGAGCCACCCAAGAAAGGAUUACUACAUAGAAUAUUUAAACGUCAGCAUCAAAACAAUUCAAAGAGUUCACCGAAUUCAAAGGCGAGUUUAAAUCACCACAUAAAUUCAAACCAUGUAAGUUCAAACUCCACCGGAAGCAGCUAGUUCGAACUCAACUUUCAUGAAACAACGUGUUGCAUCCUUCCACUAUAAUCUAUGGAGCUUCAAAGGAUGAGACCGCAUCCACCGUUGAGUUAAAAAAAUAAAUGAUCUCCCAGCAGUGGAGAUAUUCUAUCCAUUCCUUCCAGUGGAGCCUCACCUUUUAUGAAGAAAUUUCCACUCAGGUCUGUUUUGGAGGUGGCACUCAAGAUGGUGUGAAUCAGAUUUGUCUAUUUAGAACAUUGCAAUAGAAAUUCAACGAACAUGACUACUUGCACGUAUUUAAAUAGCAUCAUACUAGAACUGAAUUUUGUCUUUAUUAUUUUUAAAGAAAAGUUUUGUAAAUUUCUCUAUUGUCUCAGUUUACAUUUUGUACAUUUGUAUUUAAAUGAAAGUCAGACUUUGGGGUGUAUAUUUUCUGAGCAGCAGUUGUAAAGCCAUGUGUUUUAAGACUUUUUUUUAAAAGAAAUGUGACUCAAGACUUCCAGAGCCUCAAAUGAGAAAUCAUUCUUUUUAGUAAGUGUAGAAAAUUAUUCAUAUUUCACUUUAUCAAGUUGGUUUUACUGACAUGCAUUUUUAUGGCACAGUUUAUUCUUAAUUAUUUUACAUCUGUAUAUUUGGCUUACAGCAACACUGCAUACAUUUUUUUCUCUUUGUUGGUUUGUAAAGUCUUGUAUUAAAUGCUAUAAUACAUAGUCAAGACUUUGCCGCAUCUAAGAAUACUAUUUGCUAUGUCUGAGGUUCGUAAUGUCAUGGGACCAGCACUGUUAAGAUUUGCACUUAUUUUUGUUGUUAGAGCAUCACAAUAUUUAUUGUUUUUAAUGAAACCCUGUUUUAAGACCUCCUCCUCCUUUUCAAACUUUUUUUUACUAUUGCUAAUGAGAGAAAGAACAAAUGUUAGCAAGGGGAGAUAAGAAAGACAAGUUGUCAUUAGUUCUUCAAAGACCUGAAAUCCUUCACCCAUAGAAAUUAACAGCAAAGCUCCCAUUGAUUUCAGUGAUACAGGAUCAGGCCACAAGUGAGAGGCUUUUAUGGCAGUUGCUUAUGUCACACAGCUACCAGGAGAUUGACUCAAUAGCCCUGUCUGUGCUGGCCAGGGAAGCUAUAGGGGACAGAACCAAGCCAGGAAGGUUCGGCUCUGGAUCUCAACUUUUCUACAUCCAUUAUAUCCAUUCCGGCCCAUGUCUACUUUCAAGUGAGCUGUUCUAGAGCCCUUGGGCUGCAUGGCUUCUUUUCUGGCCCCCUGAACCAGUGAUGAAAUAGCUGUUCCAGUACAGUUAGCUGAGUUCAGUGCCCAUUGUAAAACAGUAUAGUUUGCCUUUUUUGAUUUCACAAUGCUUCAUCUCAGGUACCCCAUAGCAUUGUUUUAAACAAACGUACCACUGGUAUAGAUGGGCUCAGUCAGCUUCAAUAUCCACACUAUGAACCAGUUAACAAAAGUGUAUCUAUUCUCAAAUAUGCCAUGUGGGACAUCAGGUGCCAAACACAGCUUCACCUAUUUCAACUUAUGUUGGGAAACACUUGCCCCACUGAUGUAGACAGAAUCUGCUGAAUUCAACAUUUGCUGUAAAAUAGUUUGGUUGACCAUGCUUUUUUACAACGCUUGCUGAAUUGAUUGAGUUUUCCUAAACUUUUGGGACAACUGAUGUCCGACAUGUCAUGUCUAAGAAUUAAACGAUUACACUAAGGUUAGGCCAUGUCUGUGCUGCCCAGGGAAACUGGGUUAGGGUCAUUUUAGCAAGAACUACAUGUAUGUUUAAUUAACCACAAGGAACAGGUUACUUAGAGGGGGUUCUGGAAUCCGCAUCAUUGGAGGCUUUUAAGAACAGGUGAGACAAACAUCUGUCAGGGGUGGCCUAGAUAUAUUUAAUCCUGCCUCAGUAUGGGAGGAUAAACUAGAUGACUUCUUGAAGUCCCUUCCAGCCCUGUCCCUGUUCUACCCCCGCCUCGCCUUUUCCUGCCUCUUUCCCCCCAGUGUGCCACGCCCUCACUCCUCCUCCCUGUCCCCCCAGCCUCCUGCACACUGCGAAAUAGCUGAUCGCGGUGGGCAGGAGGCACAGGAAGGAUGGUGGAGGCACUGAUCAGUGGGGCCUGCCGGUGUGCGGCAGACACGGGGGAGGGACUGAUGGGGACCUGCUGGUAGAUGCUCACCACCCACCAUUUUUUCCCUGUGGAUGCUCCAGCCCCAGAACACCCAGUCAGCCCCUAUGCUGGUGUGAAACUUGUUUCCGUGGCCAACACAGAAAGAGCAACAGAAUGUAUGAGGUUUUUUCCAGACAAAACCAUGAAUGAUAAAGACUCAAAAUAAAGUAAGUUCUAGAACAACUUAAGGUCAGUAAGGGACAGACCAGGGUCAGCGUUUUUGUAAAUUACCUGAUGGAGAAAGGAAUGGAGCUUUUGGGCUAUAUAUGUAUGUAUUGGGCUGACAUGCGUUUGUCAUGGAGUACAGUAUGCCAAGAAGCCAAGACACCCCGUAGGGCAACUAAUAAGAUUGUGGGCUCUCGCGAUCACUUGUAGAGAUACACGUAACUAAGACUGCAUUGUAAACAAUCCAAAACAGCAAUGAAAAUUUGUCUCCUUUUUCCUUCUGACUGAUGUUCUGAGAAGACGCGGUGGUGCAGAGGGUGUUUACCCCUCACUUUAUCAAUGCAAAGAUCAAACAGGCAGAGUGCCCGCAGUUUCACCUGUGUCAGCGAUGCCACUGAAGGUUUGAGAAGAGGUGAAAGAAUAUGGAGAAGUGAAUGCUGAGAAUUUGGACUAAUUAUGUCUCCAGUUUAGUUGGAAUCGUUCCAACUCACUAGUAGGCGUGAGACAUGAGAAGAGAGAAGUACUGUGUGGGUGAAAUUCUCCAUUUAUGUUCUGACGCAAGCCCACUGUCAGCAGGGAUCUAUGUGCUGACUGUAGUGGGUUUUAUGUUAGGCCCUUAAUGCAAAGUUUGUAGUCUGUGGAUGGCCUUGCAUCGGCCCUCUGCAUCAGGGUGGAUUUCACCCAGUUUCAAGAAAUGUAGGUGACAAUUCAAAGUGCAGCUCUAAGGGGAACCUCAGUCUCUGUGGGGCUUAAUGUAGGGCUCACUGUUUCAGUACCAAUGUGUAUGAGAAGCUUCGUAUGUAGAACUUUACUUGCUUUGCCUAGAAUAUCCUUAAUGGGACACAUUUUUUCAAAGGGAGAGGCUGAUGUCCACAUGCCAGAACAACCCUCAGAUUCAUCUGCGUGCACAGUAUGUCAGUGCUCUCUCAAACUGGUUAAUUCAUAAGCACAAAUGCAAAGCAAAGGGAGCACUGAGUAGUAGAGAGAGCAUGAUCCUAGGUUGUGUUUUCAAUUCUGCUACUCCCUCACUUUGUGGCAUUAUAGAGGCACCUACCUCUCAUUAGAAUAAUGUCUAUAAUAAUGUUUGCCUGCCGCCCGGGCUCAGGGUGGGGUGGGGUUGUGAGGCUUAAAUCAGGAAUGUUUGUAAAGUGUGAUGAGGCUGUUGGAUAAAAGUCAUAAUAAGGGUCACACAUUAAUACUCAUUAUUAAAUGUGGGGGAAUGCAGAGCGUAUGCAUGAGGAGCUCAUUCCCUACAUUUUUAACCAUUUGGUCCAUGAAAACUCUGUUCUCUUUUUUUUUUGUUGUUUUAACGCUUCACAUUUAGAUUAGAGAUGAAAAACCUAAUUACAGUGAACCCUCCCUUGAAGGCUGUUUGUUAAGGCUAAAUGACCACUUGAUAACCCUGGCUAAAAGGAACAUCAUAGGUAGCCACAACACUGCCAGUCAAUACCAGUCUUGACUGCCAGUCCUGGGAUUCUCCUGAACAGGGCUUGCCUGCUAUGUUAAACUGAGCAGUACUUUUUGUUAUGUAUCCCACUUGAGGCUAGGCUAAGAACACAUUGUGCUCACAUUCAUGUGUGUGAUCCAGUAAAAAUUGGAACACAGAUUGCUAUGGGUGGAACUAUUGGUGGCACAACCUAACUCCCCCAGACACAUGGAGCCUGAUUCUCAGAGGUGGUGAAUACUCACAAUUCAAUCUGAAGUCAAUGGGAGCGGUGGGUGUUCAGCACCUCUGAAAACCAGGCCUAUAAUUUCUUUAUACUACUUUGGAGAGAGCAUACAGCUAGCAAGAGACUGUUUAGUACUCUGAAUCAUAAUGAAUAGCUUUGAGAUGGGUUUGCACAUGGCAAAAGAGUACGAAGAUAGUUAUUUCAUAGUUUUCCAGCACAAGAUUCAUUUCAUCUAUUAUCUUUCCAGUUAGAGCAAAGAUCCUUUUGGGAAGUGCACAAGAUUAGAGCUGGCUGAAUUAUUUGUAUGAGUAGACGGUUGAGCAAAUUGAGCUCUUUAAAUGUUUGGAAAUCAUUUACAAACUGUUUCUGAAUUCUGCAACUGGAUUUAUUUUUAAGUCUUCUCCAGAUAGACUGAAAAUGAUUCAUCAGUCUAUGGAUUCUUCAUUAAUUUCCCAGUUCAGUGAUUCUUUGAGUGGUGUGUGAAGGAGUCACAUGGCAUUUUUUCUGCUUUCUGCUUGGAUGAUUGAAACUUCUAAAACAUGAAAAUAAUAGCAAAUAAAUAUUUUUUGAGUCUGCACAUAUAACCUUGUUCAUGUGAAAACAAGGGUGUUUCUGCAUAAACAGCCAUUCCAAAGACAUGUGUGAACAAAAACCUGUUCAUGCAAAUGGAAAAAACGCAUAAAGCUGGUCAAACCAAGCAGCCAAAAGGAAUUCAAAUGAAUGUUAGUGAACAGUGUUCUUGCAGUACUGAAUCAAAUCUGCUUAACAUAGAUAUUAAGAGGAAUUUGUUCAAUUGACACUCUUUUUCACAGAAAAUUUGGAAUGUCUUUAAGAAAUAUUUGAAGUCACUUGUGAUCAUUCCCCUCCCUGGGUAACUAUGUCCAAUUUCAUUGUAAGAAACAUGUAGCCAAACUUUGCUGAUUGAUUGGUGUCUUACCGGAUAUAGAUGUGUUUUUUUACUCUUCAGAGUAUACGUAGAAUAGAACACACAAAAUCCUGCAGGGACUAUUUUUGUUAAGCCAACUUUCAUGUUUCCAAGCUGGAUCCAACUGGCAUCUUUACUUUUUCCACCCAAGUCUCACAUUUCAAAGCCAGUUGCUAUUAUCCUUUUCAGUAGAGAAGCCUCAGAUAAACAAACUUCUGUAGUACAAACAAAAUAAGCAGAAACAGGGAGAUACAGUAUCUGUGAACUCAAAAGUACAGUUUGAGGUUAGUGUGUGGGUGUGUACAUGUGAAAGGUUCUCUUCUUUAAGUUCACAAAUUCUAGGUGUUCAAAGUUUGUAAGGCCCUUUCCCACAUGUUAAAUAUAUUGAUCAAAAUGAGAUGGCUCAUCAGCUGCUCCUGAGCAUCCUCUAAAAAGCGCUGGGAAAGUUGGAGUUCUCUUUGCUUUGAAAGAAUGUUUGGGGCUAGUCUGCUUUUCCAGGCAGGGAUCAUGUCGUCUUGUGUGUUUGAAUCGCACCUAGCACAAUGGGACCCGGUCCUGACUGGGGCCUUGGGCUGCUACUUUAAAUAGCAACAUUAAUAAGUGCCUAGUGCACAGGCGCCCAUUUCACCAAAACAUCACUGGCACAGUUGAAGGCAGUUAAAACUGGGAGGCCAAGGGGUGAAUGGAUGCAGAAAUUGACCUGCCCUCAUCCUGGGAGGUGGUCCUGGUCUGUCUCAGGCUGGGCUGAGAACCAUUAGCAGGGAAGCGCAAGAGAAGCUGUGGCUAAACAGAGGACACCCUUUUCCAGAGCUGGCACUAACUCCACAUAACCUUUAAAAAAUAAUGAUAGCGAUGAGUGUCCUUAGGGUAAAGCCGAGCAAACAGGCUUAAAUCCUAUUCAUUCCAAAUUCCCAGCUUCCAGGUCUCAGGAGGACCGCAACCUCCUUUAGAGAUAACAACUAAUAGCUUUUAUGCAGUGCUGUGAGAGGAUGCUUAAAAGAAAGGAGUCUGCCACCCAACAGCAUUCUGUACUAAUAGCCCCUUCUACUCUGCAGUAAUACAAAUAUCAGCUGCCAUGUUGGGGUCUGUUAAUGCAGAAUACUAUCAAAUGUUUUUUAUGAGGGAAGAGCCAUACGCUGAGACAGUGUAUUACUUACAUUGGCAGUGGCAGGGUGAUUUUUGAUUUAAGAUGAUCUCCUUGUGUCUAGCUUGGGUUUCCCCUGUUUGUUUGUUUGUUUAUAUUUAGAGUUAGGAGUGCUGGAUUCUAUCUCUAGCUUGGCCAUUGAUUCUCUGAUUUGCCUGUGGCAACUAAAUUAACCUAUGUGCAUCUCUGUUUCCCUGGGCUUAUAAAAGGAGUCACAAAACUUAGCCACCUUUGUAAAGCACUUGGAAGUCUCUAGACAAAAAAAAAAAAAAA